AAAACUCUUGGUUGCGUUGGUGUAGUUGCUGAUGUUGCUGAAACUAUUGGUAUGAAUAUUGACAAAAGUGAAGAAAAUGAUGUGAUGGUUAGUCUAGCAAAGAAUAAUAAAAUAUAUGAAAUAAAUGGUGGAGAACCUGAAUACUCACCUGAUCCAAAUAAUGAAAGGGCCCAAGAAAGUAGAUUUGUUGGUGACCUUAAUAACAAAGUCAGUGAAGAUAAAAUGAUGGUGUUGAUGAAAGCUCCAUUGGGUGUAAUAACGAAAAUAGAUACAUUGAUGAAAGGCUUUGUAAAAGCAUUGAGGAAAUAG